CCAACUCUCUUUCAGGACAGGACACGCAGCAUAUGCUCUUCCAUGGAUCCCAUUUCUUUCUCCUCCACCCAGAUGCAAACAAUCACCUAAACAUAAUCAAAAAUCGACUAAUUUCACCCAGAAAGAAAGAAAAAAUAACCCUUUUUUUUUCUUUCUCUUGUACACUUUUCUAUACAGCUGAAAACUUUGAAAAGAAAGUAAUAGCAUUAUACUUGAAGAAGAAGAAGAAGAACCGUCACUUCUCCACCAUUUAUGGCUUCUGCAACAACAAGGGCCACCUUUUCUUUCCACAUAUCGACCUCAUUCUCUCAACCUUCACCUCUAAAAUUCAAAACCCAUCUCGCUCUUCUCCCCAAAAUCCCAGCUUUCUCGCUUUCACUUCCCCACAAGCCCCUUAAACCCUUCAAGUUCAUUUCUAACUCCAUUGAUGUCUCAAAAGAAGACAAGCCCACUUCAGACCAACCCAGUUCAGCUCCACCCCCACCGACUCGGACUCCGGCGCCUGAACCUGAACCGGAGCUGUCGUUGGAGGAGCAAGAGAGUUUCGACAAACGCCGGCUUGAAGAGAAGUUCGCGGUGCUGAAUACUGGAAUCUUCGAAUGCAGGUCUUGUGGUUACAAGUAUGAUGAGUCAGUGGGGGACCCAUCUUAUCCUAUACCGCCAGGAUUACCAUUUGACAAGUUGCCUGAUGAUUGGAGGUGCUCAACUUGUGGAGCUUCCAAGAGCUUCUUUGUGAGUAAGAGUGUUGAAAUAGCUGGUUUUGCUCAGAACCAGCAGUUUGGCCUUGGUGGCAAUACACUCACUUCUGGGCAGAAAGCUGUUCUUAUAUAUGGGACUUUGUUGUUCUUCUUUGUACUUUUCUUGUCUGGUUACUUCCUCCAAUAGUGGAUGAUGAGGUGCAGUUCUCUUUUUCCUCUUCUUCUUCUUUAUGGAAGUUGUUCUUUCUUCUACAUGUGAAGUAUAAAGAAUUCUGGUUGAUCAUCUGAGUAAUAGGAAGAUUAUAUAGUACAAAUUUCAUGUUUUUUCA